UUCUUUAAACUUUCAUUUAUUAGGUAUUUUAAAUUCUGUUGUUGUUAACUCCCAUAUCUGAAUUUCUUCUAGACCUGUAUUAGUUAUGGUAUAGACUUGACUGCUAUAACAUACAGACCCCAAAUAAGAAGACAGACAUUUAUUCUUUGUCCAAGUAGGUAGUCCAGUACUGAUAUGGAAAGUCCAAUCUACUAUCCACGGGGCUCCAAGUCCUCUCUUUCAUUACACUGCUAUUCCCAACAUUUCAUCGGUUCCCGCCAUCUUGUCCACAGUCCAGACAGUAGAAAAGAGAAAAUGGGAGUCACCCCUACCUUUUGAUAGCUGGGCCUGAAAGUGAGACACAUUGCUUCUGCUCACAUCUCAUAGGAAGGUACUGGAAGAAGAGGAGGAGCAGAGUACAAGAACUACAAGUACUCCUUUUGUGGGAAAUAGCCAGUUCAGAAUCUUCCCAGUCAUCAGCUAUACUUUUCUUGGGAUAAUGAAAUCAAAACAUUCUGUACUUGGUUAUUUUCACAAGCCUUUUCAUCUUCAAAUACUCCCUCCUUUGCCCAUCCCUCAAAAGAUCAACAGUGGGAAAUUUUUCUUUAAAAGUAAACUAUGUUCUUUUCUUUAAAAUAACCAUUAUAGAGAAAUUAUUCUCUUUAAGUAGUCAUGCUUCUAAAUUGCUUGGAGGCGAUUACAUAUGAACCUUCCUAUAAACUUGUAUCUCUCUCACUUAAAAGAAAAGAGAAAGGAAAGGAAUUAGCCCAUUAAUUAUUUAAAAUACUUGGUGCAACUGUUCCUAUGAAUUAAUCCAGGCACUUGGAAGAAAAUUACACUCCGUGUUAAUAUCAUUGCCAACCUUUUCCACUAUGCUGCACUCCAAAUACUAUUGUGUUUUCAAUGACAACAUUCCCUAUUACAUAUGCAUAUGAAAAACAGGCAUUUUCAUCAGAAUUACCGUAAUAGCAUUAAGAGAUUAUUUUUUCCAAUUUCCUUGGAAGAAAAUUCACUUAAAUUAGAUUAUUUAUUACUUGACUGCUCUUGUAUCUUGCCUGUAUGUUUAGGUAACUGGAGCCCAUGAAAGUAUAAACUUCAGAAUAAAAAGCAUGAUUUUAUACAUUAAUGACUUCAAAUAAAAGAGGAAUGCCACAUUUGUGCAUCACUUCUUUCGAGAAAGUUAAGUCUGUGUUCUGCUUAGGAGAGAUAACACUUUUUGUCCCAGUAGGUGGCCCCCCUGGUGUAGCCAUUAGUUGCUAAUUACUUGCAAACAAAUAAACAAUUAACUCCUUAAGCUUCUGGCUGGGCAAGUGUUCAUUGACAUGCUAAAACUUUCUAAGACAGGAUUUUAAUUAGUGACGUUCUAAAUCCAGCCCCCUUGUCAGCGUAGCUGUAAGGUGAAUUGCAGGAAGAUCCCAGCCUUAUACACGUGGGGCAGAGCCAGCAGAGGCCAGAGCUGUUGCUCUGCACAGACCACGAGAGGAUGUCUCCCAGCCUUCAGGAAGGCGCUCAGCUCCGGGAAAGCAAACCCUCAACUUGCUCCUUUUCAAUUGAGAGAAUCUUAGGAAUGGACCAGAAGACAGACUGUGUUCCAUUAAUGAAACCCCACAGGCCCUGGGCAGACACCUGCAGCUCCUCAGGUAAAGAUGGUAACUUAUGUCUACAUGUCCCAAAUCCUCCCAGUGGGAUUUCAUUCCCUAGCAUGGUGGAUCACCCAAUACCAGAAGAAAGAGCUUCAAAAUAUGAAAAUUACUUUUCAGCCUCAGAAAGACUGUAUUUGAAAAGAGAGUUGAGUUGGUAUAGAGGCCGAAGACCAAGAACUGCUUUUACUCAAAACCAGAUUGAAGUGUUAGAAAAUGUCUUUAGAGUAAACUGCUAUCCUGGCAUUGAUAUUAGAGAAGACUUAGCUCGAAAAUUGAAUCUAGAGGAAGACAGAAUCCAGAUUUGGUUCCAAAAUCGGCGUGCAAAACUGAAAAGGUCCCAUAGAGAAUCACAAUUUCUAAUGGCGAAAAAAAAUUUCGACACAAAUCUCCUGGAAUAGAUAGAAAAUUAAACAAGUGAAAUUAUCUUCUAAUUGCAGAGCAUGAAGAAUCAGUGGAAAUAUUAAGUGUUAAAAUGUGAUGUUUUCUUUACUGCAUUUAAUCUGCAUAUUGUCAUUUUUUUCCAAAAAUAUAUUGUAAAUAAUUACUAUUAUAGCAUGGUACAUAUUAUAUUUGGGCACUUUUAGUUAUAGUAAAGACCUUUCUUAUAUAUUUUAAUAAUCAUUUUCAGAAAAGAUUGCUAUUUUUUAAGUGAGCAAAAUUAACCUAAUAAAUUAGUUUGUUAAAAUCAAUAGACUCAUGACUAAGUGAUUCCACAAGUUGGAUUCUAUUUGUAAAAUAUUUCAAGUGAAAUCAUCUGAAGAGCAAAGAUGUGAGUUGUUUCCAUUAGUUUCCUCAAUGUACAUUUGGAACAUGAUUAUUCUUAACUAUAUUAUAGGUUAUGAUUUAUUGACAAAUCUUGAACUUCUCUUGAUUAAUAGCAUAAAGCAGUGAGAAUUUCUCAUCAUCUAUCAAAACAAAUUCUUAAAGUGUUAGUUUCAAGUUUUUUCAAGCAAAGUCAUUAUGCCAAAGUAGAAAUAUACAAGCAUCAUCUAUCAUAUUAUAUGCCAUUGGUAUUGAAUUGCACAGAAGAAUUAAGCAACAAACAAAAAAUUAAGCUACCAAAAAAAUGCAAAAUUUUAGUGUUCUAGUUUAAUUUUGUACUUUCAUUCAAUAAAGUGAUAGUGAUCAUCUAGCUUA